AUGGAUAAUAAGGAAGAAUCUCCUUCAAAAGCUGAAAUCAGUAAUGGAACAGAUGGAAGGUCUCGUUCUAUUACUGAUCGUUUCCCUAUAGCACCUUUGGUUGCUGCCGGUCGUCUAAUGUCUUUUUUAUCGAAACAAUCAUAUACUGUAACAGCAAAACGUAAAUUUACAUUAUCCGCUGAAAAUAAUGAAAAAUCUAAACAAGCAUCAUCUGUACGAAAUCGUUCAUUAUCACCACCUAAAAUUUCAUUUUCAACAAUGCGUAAUUCCACAACGACUCCAUCAAAUUUAGAUAGAUUCUCUAAUACAAUACGAACAUCAGAAGCACCAACAACACCUACACCAGAUACGGUUGGACUGGAUUUUAAUUUUGAUUCAGUCUAUACAGAAUUAAGAGAAUUAGCUGAUACAAAUUGUAAAUAUUUUUCUGAACAAAAAACAGAUGUUUGUAAAAGAUUCGAACGUUUACUAAUUCAACUUUUACAUUCAAUUGAUUUAUCCGUACCACUUAUUCGAUAUCUUACAGACAAUUUUCAUCAUUUUGAUUAUAGUCCAGAAGUUCGAGCUAGUGGUUAUCGAUCAUUAGUCGUAGCACAUGGUCAAGCAUGUUUACGAACAUUAGAUAUACUUCGACAAGUUGAUACAAAACGUGUUGGUCUCUUAUUUAAUCUAAUGUAUUCAUCUCGGUUAUUUCAAGAUCUUGAAUCUUGGACAAAAGCACUUCUAGCAAUGCAACGUAUAAUAGCCUUAUCUGUUAAAAUGGUUGAUUAUUCAGAAAAGAAAGUAGAUGCGGAUCAUGUACCAUUGGAUAUUGAACUUGAUUAUUUUAAAAUGGUUGCAUUUGAUUCUGAAUAUUUUUUUGGACGAACAUGUGGUUUUCAAUUUGCUCCAUCCAUGCAAAAGAUGCUUACUUUAUUAUUGGCUGGUUUAGCUACGUUUUAUGAAACUUAUAAUCGAUCAAUAUCAUAUGCAGCUGCUAGUCUUGCGACAGCACCUAAAUAUAUUUUAUUUCCAGAACAACGAGCAAAAAAAUGUGCUGCGAUAUUUCGUGAUAGUGAUUAUUUAUUUUGUAAAUCAUUUUGGAAUAUAGUUGAUCAUGAUUAUGUUAAAAUGGGUUCACGUUAUAUCGUACCAAAUGUAACUGUAUCGAAAUAUUUUCAAAUUGGACCUGAACCUAUUGAAAUUGGUUCAAUUAUUGUUCCACCACCAACAGCAAGUUCCGGUGAUGAUGAAGCAAAUGAACGUGCAGCUGGAAAUAUUGGAGCUGGUUCAGAUAAUCCAACGGGUUCGGGUAGUGAACAACCACGACAACUUGUUAAUAUAAAACUUUUAUCCAACGAAAUACGUGAAGGUAUGAGUGAAUUACCACUAAAAAAAACUGAUCUAGAAAUAGCAUCAACAAAAAUUUUACCAAUGAGUGAUCAACUUCUUAUACAUAUACAUGGUGGUGGAUUUAUUGCAACAUCAUCUACAACUCACGAAAUUUAUUUAAAACCUUGGGCAUUAGGCCUUGAAGUACCAAUCGUAUCAAUAGAUUAUUCAUUAGCACCUGAAUACCCAUAUCCACGUGCUAUUGAAGAAUGUUUUUAUGCAUAUGCAUGGAUUUUAAAAAAUGCCAAUAAACUUGGGUGGACUGGUAAAACACUUUUAUUAGCUGGUGAUAGUGCCGGUGGUAAUCUAGUCACUAUUGUUACCAUAAAAGCAAUUGAAGCUGGUUUAAGAAAACCCGAUUCAAUUAUUUGUUUUUAUACACCAUUUCUACUUGGCUACAGUAUGUCACCAUCUCGAUUGAUGGCAAUUAUGGAUCCAUUAUUAAAUACUGGUUUUCUUUGGCGUUGUCUUGCUGCUUAUGCUGGUAUUAAAGCUGAUGAUGAACCACCACAUGAUGAACUAGAAUCUGCUAGUAUUAGUGAUCAGAAUGACAGUUUAAUUGGAAAACGACGUAAAAUUGAACAUAGUAUCUCAUCAUCCGGUCCAAUUCCUUCGAAGUCAGAUAGUCUUUCUAAUAAUGAAAUACGUCCAGAAUAUAUUCGAGGAGAUACAUACUAUACACAAUUAGGUGAUAUAAUGGGUUCACGUCAAGCUCUUCUUCUUCGUAAAUUACGAGAAUCAACCUUACCCAAUACUCCACAUAUGUCUCCACUACGUGCAUCCGAUGAAAUUCUUCGACAAUUUCCAACAACUUAUCUUGUUGCAUGUCAUCAAGAUCCUUUAUUGGAUGAUUCAAUAACAUUUGCACGUCAUUUACGUUCAUUAGAUGUUGAACAUCAUAUGGUUAUUCCAUGUGCACGUGAUCCAUUUAUUGAUGAUAAUAUUGAAUUUGCUCGACGAUUACGCGAUCUCAAAGUUCCUCAUCAUCUAACUGUAGUCGAUGAAUGGCCUCAUGGAUUUUUGGAUUUUGGUUUUGCAGCAACGGACGUUGCACAAUAUAAUAUUGAAAUCAGAAAUAUGCUUCUAAAAAUUCUUCAACAAUCCUCUAUCAAUGCGGAUAAUGUUGCUUCAGUACCAUCCCAUAUUGACUAA